CGAUGUAUGCUUUUCGAAGCGAAUCUCCCGAAAGUGUUUUGGGCAGAAGCUACAGCGACAGCAGUCUAGGGGGCGUCGGGGUAACUUCGCCAAUGGGGUGAAAUGGCCAAUGGUUUGUUUGUACUGAUAACUAGAAAAACAAUAUAAUUCAAAGCCAAUACUAUUUAAUUCUUUCCCUUAUAACUCAAUUUCAACAAUAACCGAUAAACAAAAUAAUUUAGAAAACAAAUAAUUUAGUGUUUAAAAAUGCGUCGCAUAAAAAGGCAUUUUUUUAUAUGAAAUGAGGCAUCAUAAAUAAGAAUUUAUUCAUUAUGUUUUAGUUUAUUUGUAUUUUGCUAUGUACUAUGAUGAUGCUGAACAUUUUUUGAAUGUUUCAGUAUAUUCAGUCAUUCAGAAAUAUUUAUUUUUACAUGAAAUACCACAAAUUAAAAUUAUCUGUUACGUCGGGGUAGAAUGAGCAGCAUUUUGUGGGGUGUCAUCGCCAUGACAAACUGCACCAUAACCUAUAAUGUUCAGUUUAUUUACAUUCGUACAAGCAAACGUGGCUCUAUAUUUUUGGAAGUUUUUCGCGAAAAUUAAGUAGAAAUAAUGGUUCGGUGCUACAAAAGUGUCGGUAAAAAGAAACAGUGGUCGUUAACGAAUCUUCGUGCAGCGGUAAACGCAGUUAAUCAGCAAGGAUUCUCGAAAAAUAGAGCCGCUAUUGAGUACGGUGUACCUCGCCAAACAUUGAAUCGAUACUUGCGGUGUCCGGAACACGAUGUGCGUGAAAAUACAAUGCCAACCGGCACAGUAUUUUCCCGACAGCAAGAAGAGGACCUAAUGCAGUACUUACUGGACAUGGACAAACGCCUGUAUGGCCUCUCUCUUCGAGAUUUGAGGAGCGUUGCGUAUCAAUUGGCCGAGAAGAAUCACAUUAAGCAUCGGUUCAGUCGCAAAACACAGCUUGCAGGAUACGAUUGGGCUUGCGGAUUUCGCAAACGACAUCCUCAAUUGGCUUUACGAUCCCCGGAACCAACGUCUGUUGCUAGAGCACAAGGGUUCAACAAGGUUGCCGUCAAUGGAUUCUUCGAUAUUUUGGAAGACAUUUUCGACAACACUAGGUUCCCUCCGAGCAGGAUAUAUAACGUUGACGAAACGUCGAUUCUAACCGUUCAAACAAAAACGUCCAAAGUUAUCUCCCUAAAAGGAAAGCGUCAGGUUGGAUGUAUUGCUUCGGCAGAUAGAGGAGUCCUAUCUACGGCUUGCAUAUGCAUGUCUGCAGCAGGACACUUCAUACCACCGAUGCUUAUUUUUCCUAGAGUACGACUGACGGGCCGAUUGAAAAAGGGAGCACCACCGGAAACACUAUUCAGCUGUAAUACUACGGGCUGGAUGACCAUUGACGAUUUUUCUGCGUGGUUUGAUCACUUUUUGGCCCAUACAAGACCUACAGCAGAAAGUCCAGUGUUGCUGCUACUGGAUGGACAUGCAUCCCACACAAAGAACUUGGAGUUCCUGGAUAAAGCCAAGCGUUCACAUGUAACGGUGGUUUCCAUGCCUCCCCACUGUAGCCACAGGCUUCAACCACUUGACGUCAGCUUCAUGGGACCUCUUAAAACUAAUUUGUCUCAAGUAAUUGAGAAGUAUUUAAAAAUGAAUCCAGGCAAGGUCAUCACACUGAAUGAAAUUAGUGCACUGUUUGGAAAAGCUUACCUUCGCUCAACAUCAGCUUCUGUUGCAGUGAACGGAUUCAACAAAACCGGCAUCGCACCUUUCAACAGAGCAGUGUUUACGGACGAUGACUUCGCACCAGCUGAUGUGUCGGAUAUACCGUUGACAUCGAACGGUGGAUCUUCGAGUAAUGAGACCACUACGGAGGAUAAAAACCGACAACAGUUUCAGGGUGUUAAUGAUGGCCUCGCAACAAUUGAUCUAACGAAAACACUCCCAAACACUGUUGAAGGUUCCCAGUGUGACGUCCAUUCCGACGACGAAGAUGCCAUUUCUAGGAUUCGAAGACGUUGACAUGACUACCAAGAAAAUUACGGGGAUUCCAACAAAGCGUUCGACACAGCUGAGCAAGUCAUUUUCCGUAGGACCAACAGCAAUUCGUCCAUUUCCCAAAAUGGCAUUGAAGGAACGAAAGAGUGGUAGGAAGAAGGAAAAAUCUAAAGAACUGAACACAAACAACACUGAACAAAAAGAAAACCGGAUUGUACAAGAUGUGCUAUGUGAAACUUGCGGUAUCUGCUUCAGUUCGUCAGGAAAUGGACGUGAUUGGGAAAAGUGUAGCAAAUGCCACAUUUGGUUUCACAAACUUUGCGCAGAGUCCUGUAUGACUUGCCGUAAGUGAGUGCUUUGAAUUCGCUAUUCGUUCUAUGCGAGAGCGAAAAUGUUGUUUUUUGACGUUAGAUAACGUCUUACGGCAACAUACUGGGGUACAAUUUCGAAAAACGAAA